CGGGACGGGCAGUGAGGCGCAGCGGCCGCCGCGCUGGGGCGGCCCACCGAGGCAGGAAGGAAGGCACGCAGGCAGGCACGGAGACGCCGCCGUCGCCCCGCGGCUCGGCGCAGCACCACGCAGGUCUGCUAAAAAUGACAGAAUAUAAGCUUGUUGUCGUUGGAGCUGGUGGUGUAGGCAAGAGUGCCUUGACAAUACAGUUAAUUCAGAAUCACUUUGUGGAUGAAUAUGACCCUACAAUAGAGGAUUCCUACAGGAAGCAAGUAGUAAUCGAUGGGGAAACCUGUCUCUUGGAUAUUCUUGAUACAGCAGGUCAAGAAGAAUAUAGUGCAAUGAGGGACCAAUACAUGAGAACAGGAGAAGGUUUCCUGUGUGUAUUUGCUAUAAACAAUACAAAAUCUUUUGAAGAUAUUCACCAUUAUAGGGAACAAAUAAAAAGAGUUAAAGACUCUGAAGAUGUCCCAAUGGUGCUAGUAGGAAACAAAUGUGAUUUGCCUUCCAGAACAGUAGAUACAAAACAAGCUCAGGAUUUAGCAAGAAGUUACGGAAUUCCUUUCAUUGAAACAUCAGCAAAAACAAGACAGAGAGUGGAGGAUGCUUUUUAUACAUUGGUGCGAGAGAUUCGACAGUACAGAGUGAAAAAAAUCAGCAAAGAAGAAAAGACUCCAGGUUGACUGUCUGAGAUGAGAACUGUAGCAGAUAUGCUUUGAACCGUCACUGUAUGUAGAUAAUUUCCCUACAUGAACAUUGCCAAAUGUACCUUGUGCAUUAAGGCUGAAGUUAUAGGUAAAAUACAGUAGUUAUCUAUAAAAUAAUACCUAGCUUUUCUAACUCUCAGAAGACAUGAUGUUUUCCAGAACCGUGGGUACUUUUACUAGGUAUGGUACAUCAAUUUUGUUUUGACAAAUAAUACUUUAAAACUUAAGAGCAACUUAUUUGCAAGAGUAUUAUAUAUGUCAUGAGAUCUUGCAGAGUGUACUCUUACUUUUGGUGGAAAGGCUACUAAGGACUUUGAUCUAACAUUAGUUAUUUGUAAACAUGUUUAUAAACUUGACACAUGAAAGCUUUUAAUAAAUUUGUUAUACUGGAAGCAUUGCUUUCUAGGUGUAGCUAGUUAACACCUCGCUGUCAUUUGGACUUAACAUAUAAUGGUUUCAUCACUGUUCCGUAGUUGACUGAAACAGCAAUGAAUAAGCUGAUUUUUGACCUUUUAAUUUUGUCCUUUUCUCAGAGUUCACUUUCUGCUCUUCCGCUAAAGUAGGUAUACAGGAAUAAACUAAUACUUGCUUUUAAUUGGCAGCUUGAAGGCAAACUAGCUGACAAGAGGUAGGAAUCUGCCUGUCUGUUGUAGGGCCAAAUUUCUAGAUCAGUUUCUAUAGUGGUGCAGUUGACUACUGUGAUGCAUUAACAUUACACAACUAUUUCUGAUGUAUCUAAAAGAUAAUGUAAGGAGUAAGACAGUGAAAAAUAAAGUUUUUCUUAAUGUUUUUAUAGCUGUCAGUAUUAAAUGUAAAGGUCUUACUGAGAGCACAGAUACUCAGUUGGGAUUUGGGGCAGCCUGAAAGGUAGGCAAUAAUAUAAACUGUAUCACAUAAAUAGGUCAUUUCAAAGUAUACUGUAUAACACUGUACUUGAUUAUGGUUCACAUCAGGUAUACAGGUCUCUGGUCAAAACAGCUAAUUUUCUUCGGCUAUAAUUAUCCCCCCCAAAAGUGGAAAAACUACUCAGUGUGAAGAAAUGUUAGCAUUUGUGUCUGUAGCUUAACUGUCGGAGCUGUGGAGAUAUUUAAAUGACUGUACAUGAUAGAAUGGAAUGAUUUAUCAAAUACUAAUUUAUUAUUGCAAUGCCGGAUUGAUUUGAUUGACUUGCUUAUGUAAAGAUUAAAAAAAAAAAUAAAAUGGUGUGAUUACUUGUAUUGGUAUGCCUAACAAAUGACAUGAAUAUGUAGAUUAAUCAUAACCACCUCUUUGGUACCAAAUUCUUACUGCAAAUAGUUGUAUUUACUUUUAAAAGUGUAGAUUAUUGAGGUAUAAGCAAAGCUAGCUAAUGCCUCAGAGCUUUAUUCUGAAAUCUAGUAGUAAUAAUAUACUUGGAAUCUAAAGAUGUGGUGCCUGUGCUUUUCUAGUCUGAGGUGGGACAAUACGUGCCCCAUCUAUGUGGACAGGAGAGCGAUACAUGUUCCUGAGUCACAUUAUUAACAGAGUUGUACCUGCGGAUGUCUGUGGUCAGCUCCUGGGCUGUAAUUCACCCACAGGCUGCUCUAAGUCCAACUUGGGAAUAGUAGAGAAAGGGCAGGCAGAUGGUGCUAGCUGUUGCUGGUGUCAGAAUAGUUCAUUUGGGUGUCUUAGUGUUCCUCAGACCUCAGGAGAGGAACAGCCUAUAGCCAGGACUAGAUGUUCAAAUGCUUGACUGACUGGCUGCUGCAUAGAGCUGCUAUCCUGUGGGCCCUGAUGCCCAUGUACAGUGAUGCAAUUAGACGUGAUGCAGUUAUAUGUGCAUCUCAUAUAUAACAGGAGACAACUGUAGUCCCCCAUCCAUCUCAAUCCAUUUUUCCCAAGGUGCCCAUUCCCAAAAUCUAGAAAUGCUCAAGAGGGUGUUGGUGUCCCAGCAAUUCCUCCAAUGCAUAGCUUGAUUUAGGGAUGUUGUGAAGGCUUCGGCAAGGAGAAGACAGUAUCAGCUCUCCUGGCAGGCAGCAAUACUGCUGAUGGAACACACUUCACCUGAUCUGGUCAGAUGAAAACAGGCUGUACUUAUGUAGGCAAUUAAGUCUGUUAAUGUGAUCUUAAUGUGUGUGCCUCUGUAUUUUUUCAGGGUGUUGAUGAUGCCUUCUAUACAUUAGUUCGAGAAAUCAGAAAACACAAAGAGAAGAUGAGCAAAGACGGUAAAAAGAAGAAAAAGAAGACAAAGACAAAGUGUAUAAUUAUGUAAAUACAAUUUAUCCUUAUUCUUAAGACGUACUUAAGUAAUUUUUGUACAUUACACUAAAUUAUUAGCAUUUGUUUUAGCAUUACUUUACUUUCUGCUUCAUGAUCCUGUUAGCUUUACCUGAAUGCUUGUUUUAAACGACAGUGGAAACUUCAUUCCUCUUAAAGUGCCAGUAUUCUUUGAGUGUUGGUUCUUGAACUAGCAAUGCCUGUGAAGAAAACAAAACAAACAACAACAAAAAAACACACACACACAAAAACCUGAGAACUGUCUUAGGACUCUUUGGUGCAUGCACAGUUGUUAACUUCCUAUUUUUCUUACUGAUUGUGAACUUUCCGUUCUGUGUGCAGACAAAACAAUGAAAUGAUGCUCUACACAUUCUAACAUCCCCUUUAUUUUUUUCUUUUUUUCUUUAAAUCUGGUUGGGAAAACGGAUUACUUAGCAAAAGAGACUUUCAUUUCAGACUUCCUUUUAAUUUAGACUGACUGCAAUAUAGAAAGACCAGAAGCCUUUAUAGUCUUCCUGUAGAUUUUGCUUGUAGGCGUCUAGUCUUGUAGCAUUUCAGAUCAACUUUAAUGAAUGUAAAGAUAAAACUUUCACAAAAAAAUUUUUCACUGCAAUUUGUCACGGUCACUCCUUAAAUACUAUAUUUUUUCUAUAAAAAAAAAAAAAGAAAAUUUAAAAAAAGACAAUAAUGCACAUCUGGCAAUGGAAAAAGUAAAAGUUCUAAUUAGAUUGAUUUGCUAUUGUUAAUGCAUUGCUUUAAGACUUUCACGUAACUUCUUGUCUCUGAAGACACCAAGGUGACAUCUUUGCUCUCCUGACCCCAUAGCAGUAAAUUAUCUUUAAGUAGCUUUGUUCAGUAGGUACAGGAUUUCACCCUUAGUGUCUCUAGGAAAAACUAGAAAGCCUUAAUAGGUAAGUUGAUUCAAAUUCUUAGGUUAAUUCAUACAUGGAUCCAGAAUUUAUCAUAAGAAUUAAAUCAGAAUGACUCCUAAAUUAUAUAGCAAAUUAAAACAAUUUGUUUUUUCCCCAAGGGUAGCAUGAAAUAUUUCCAGAUGCCUAUUUUAUAUAAAAAUAGGGGAGGGAAUUUUAAAUUCUAGUAACCUCAAAUCAAUGAAUUAAUGAGCUUGAAUUUAGCUGCUUCAUGCAAAUAAUUUGGAAAUCCACAAUGCCAUAAAACGGUGUGGAAUUUGCACAAAUCUUCAGCGUAGAAUAUUGUUCCCAGACUCAAUGUUUGUUUGAUGUUUGUGAAGUGCUGGUUUUGUUGCACAGAUUAUGUGGUUGGUGAGUGGCAUUCCAGUGUCUAGACUGUCAUGACCAAGAUUUUAAUGUUGUCUUUCUCUGUGGUUAUAUUUUCAUUUGAUUUUUUUUCUUUUUUUCUUUUAUUUUUUUCUCCUGAUCAGAAUUAAUGCAGAAUUUUUGCAGAAGCUUUUCAUUUUGGUACUGAAGUAGUCCAGAUAUUCUGCACCAAAGUAGGAGCCAGUAAUUGCAGUGCUGCCAGUUCCUGUCAUCUUACUGCAAAUGUUGCCUUGUUAGAUGCUUUUAGCUGUGGCCUCAGUUCCAGAAGGUACACUAGUCCCUAAGUCAGCUGCAGAGUAAAAUUUGAAAGUGUGACUUCAGUGUACCCUAAAAAUUUAAAUAUGACAUUGACGUAGGAUAAUUCAGGACACUGGACUGGUAAAUCCUGGAAGUCUGGAACAGGAAAUAGCAGCAUUGCCUUAACCUAAAGUAUAGCUAAACCAUUACAUGGAAAUUUUACACAGUAGAAUUCUAAUACACCAAUGUAACUUAGACCAUAUAUGAUGUCAAAGGUGCAACUGCAUAAAUGCAAUGUUUUUCUUUCUACAAAAAGAAAAAUACAGCAGUGACUGUUAGGUGGAGAGCUGCAGAGCUGGCAGGGGAAGUAUACUGUCUGGAUUGCUGCAUGUUCUUUAAUUAACGUGGCUGAGAAUUCAAUAAAUGAAUACCUUUCCCUGCCUGCACUGCUUGUUCCUCUAGGCCCCCACAAAAACCCAGUCUCUCCCCUUUCAGCUUCAAUAUGAAAUAUACUUCAGAAUAUGAAAGAUUGUGAAAAAUGGUAAUAGGAGAAUAGCAUUAUAUUUUAAGGGCCGGUAAGGAAUACAGACAAAUUCUUAAUGUUACAAAACAUUUUACAGCAUCCAAGAUUAAAAGAUGUAUUGGAGACAGCUGGUUAUUUGCACAUUUUAGAUGCUCUUGAUUAUAUAUGAAGAGCAUAGCAAAAUUGGAUAGCAUAUCUUGAACAAACAAAAGCAAUCCUAAGAUGACGUUUAAGAUUUUUGGUAACUGAGUCACACUGCAUGUAAAAUUAAGGCUGGUCUAAAAUUAUCAUGUUACUUUAAUUAAAAAUGGUAGGAGAAAUAAAUUUAGCAGAAGUGUCUUAAUCAUCAAAUGCAGAUCAAUUAUAGCUCUAAUAUGAAGCUAUAUGUAAGUAGUUUUUUCAGUGUGAUCUGUAGGUACCAAUCAAAUUGUUACAAUCUAUUUACGUUUGCCCUUAUAGACAUUUAAAAAAAAAAAGCUCAUCCUUGCCAUUGUUGUGCAGUUUUGUCUUAAUAUUUGUAAAGAUUUGGUAAAGCAUGUUGGAUUGCAGCUUGCACACGUUAAUCUCAUAAUUAUUCUGUCUCUUCCCUAUUUGAAAUGCUUUCAAAAAACAUACCUGGAUGUACUAUCAUUUCUGAUAGUAACUGCUAAAGAAACAUGUGAAUCACUUACCAUGUUAAUACAUUAAAUUGCCAUGUGUCAGGGAAUUACACCUUCUUAUGGUAGCUUUAUGUAACACUGGUAAACAACUUUAUCAUUAGUUUUCUCAGAACUGAAAAUUCUUUUAACCAAUCUCAUUGCCCUAUUUUUUUUUUUCCCUAACUUAAGAAAAAAAAAGUUACACUGCAUAGAAUUUGUUACAAAAACAGGAUCUCUGUCAGGUAAAUCCUGACACACAAUCUUCUACUCUAUAAAGCAAUACAAUUAUUACCUUCAAAGACCAUCAAACUGUAUACAAAUCAUUUUGUCUGAAGUUUACAUAAAGCUACAUAGAUGGUAAAUCUUUCCUAACAUUUCUUUAUUCCACUGUCUCGUGUUUUCAUGUUGAAAAUACUUCUGCUUUUUCCUCUUGAGUGCCAACUUCUUACUAGAAUGACUUUAAUGUAAUAUGUUUACCUGGAAUGUAUUUUAACUAUUUUUGUAUAGUGUAAACUGAAACAUGCACAUUUUGUACAUUGUGCUUUAUUUGAUGUGGAACUUAUGCAGUGUGAUCCAGUUUUUCCAUCAUUUGGUUGCGUGACCAGAAUGUUGGUCAUACCAGCUACUAAGUUAAAAAAAAAAAAAAAAAAAAGGAAAAAGAAAAAAAGACCACUGUUUGUUCUAAAAUUGUUAAUGUUUUUAGGAGUAUGUGCUGUGAAGUGAUCUGGAAUUUCUUUUUUUUUUUUUUUUUUUUUUGUCAAACUGUACUGCUCCUAUUUAUUGUAAUGUAAUAAAAAACAGGUAUUGUGAA